AUCGCUGCAACUCUUUUUUUUUGCAGAAAGCCACUUCAAGAAUAGCAUCUGUUCCUUUGCACAAAGCAGCAGUCAUGACGCUGACAGUGUCCAUGGAAGACAUGGAGCUGUUCCCAAAAGAUUCGCAUCUCAAUACCGAACCACAGUCAACCCACGUUGACCUUGAUAGCUUCAUACAGAUGUGCGCUGCUCUAGAUCGUUUAUGGUGGUCUCGUCUGGUUAUUUCAGUUCGAGGAUAUGUGGUAAACUAUGUACAGAACGAUGACGAAAUACUAUUUCAUACAGAUGAUGCUUUCAUCAGCAUUCAUCGAUUUCUCGCUGAAGAAGCUGCUGAAAAGAGUCUUGGAGAACAGGGAAUAUUUGUAGCUGAUCUCGAUGCAAUUGUCACCUAUCCCUUGCUGAACGAAACACUCCUGGCGUUGACUUCUUCGCGGCAAACAACAAAUCCAUUCUAUGACAAACAAGUGGAGUCGUCAUUCACACGAGUUUUUGGAAAGCCGAAUGACGCGACCUAUCGCGUUGCAAACGGUCAAAAACAUGCCUAUGUGGUCUUCAUGCGAGUUCUGUGUAUUUUACAAGAACGCUGGAAGGCAGAAAGCAAAUCGCGCAAAUCGAUCCGCUUUGAGACGGAUCCAGAGUGGCAGCCAGACGAUCGCGUGGUGCUCUUCCAAGAAUUUUACCAAGGAAACCGCACUUGGGUUUUGCUGGACUUUGACCGGUACAUUCUUGCUCAGUGGCGACCACGCGGAUCAGAAGUGAUAUUCGGUGCAAGCUUUGUAGAGAAAAAGAUGAGAGCUGGAAUGCAACUAUGUGCUUGGUGUGGAAUGAUCGAACAGCAGCGCAACCAAUUCACACAAUUUGUGGAAGACAAAGUUGUUUGCUCACCGCAGUGUUGGCAAAUGUUAGAAGGAAGUGACGAAAAAUCAAUAAGCACCGGAUGACUAGUGGAUGUGAUUAUGUAUAAAUUAUGUAUCACUGAGUUCCUAUAUUAAGACAUUGAAGAUGGCAAAGCUUUAGCCGUUUGGCGUAAGAUGAGAAGCACAAAGUGCGAAGACUUGGGAUAAAGCGUUGUAUGUUGGC